GUCUCCUGGCCAAUCAGCGUCAGCAGCGCCUCCUCUCUUUCUUUGUUCCCCAAACCCCUCCCACUCCAUAUUUGGACAGUGACGUCACGGCAGCGUUCAAAAGGUUUCCCAUAUAUACAUACUCGAGUCAGGGCCCGCGCUCCCGUUACUUGAAGUGAGUAAACUUUACGCACGGAGCGCAUGAAGUGCCGCAGACGCACAGAGCCACAGUGAGCCACAGGGACAUGCAGCUCUAACCCGACCUGGACGCACAUCCUCACUGUCCACGCUCUCAGGAAAACCCGCGAAAGACGAAGAGAGAGUGGAGCGCGCGCGCACGAUGACAGCCAAAACUCUGGAGAAAGUGAAUCCAGUGAAUCUCGGGGGGUUCGUGCACCCGACGGGAGACAGCGUCUACUCCGUGGAUGACAUCGCCAGCAGCCUGCCGACCUCUGUGGCCAUCUUCCCCAACGCAGACCUGGGAGCGCACUACGACCAGAUCAAUGCUGCAGCAGACAGUCUGAUGGACAUGUGCGCGGAGAAGCGCUCCAUGGACCUCUCGUACUCCAGCGGCUUCUCCCAGCCCCCCUCCCACCGGAACCAGACCUUCACCUACAUGGGAAAGUUCUCCAUCGACUCCCCUUAUCCAGCCAACUGGAGUCCCGACGGAGUGAUCAACAUCGUUUCGGGCAUCUUCAACAUGACCCAGCCACCUCCUCCUCCUCCUCCCCCCUCAUCCUCCACAUCCUCCUCUCCGGCUUCAUCAGGAUCUCCGCAUCACUUCUCCAGCGGAAAUUUGAGUUGCACCAUGGCGGCUCAGAGUCAGGCAGAAAUAGAUCACCCCCACCACCCGUACUCACCCCCGCCUCCGUACCCGUCCUCCAGCUGUCCGGAGGUGUACCACCAGGACCCCUCUGCGUUCCUGUCCACCUCCACCUGCCCGAUCAGCUCCUACCCCUCCACCCCGUACCCCUCCCCCAAGCAGCCCGGCAGCUCGGACGCCCCGGGGCUGUUCCCCAUCAUCCCCGACUACACGGGCUUCUUCCAGCCGACGUGUCAGCGGGACAUGCACGCGGCUGGCAUCCAGGACCGGAAACCGUUCGUCCCGUGCCCGCUCGACACUUUCCGCGUGCCCCCUCCUCUCACCCCGCUCAACACUAUCAGGAACUUUACGCUCGGAGGUCCGGGUGCGGGCGGCUCAGACGCGGGGCAGCAGAGGCUUCCUUCUGCCUACAGUCCUCAGAACCUGCCCCUGAGGCCCAUCCUGCGACCCAGGAAAUACCCGAACCGACCCAGCAAAACCCCCAUCCACGAGCGGCCGUACCCCUGUCCGGCGGAGGGCUGCGACCGCCGCUUCUCCCGCUCCGACGAACUGACCAGACACAUCCGCAUCCACACUGGACACAAGCCCUUCCAGUGCCGGAUCUGCAUGCGCAACUUCAGCCGGAGCGACCACCUCACCACGCACAUCCGCACGCACACGGGGGAGAAGCCGUUCGCCUGCGACUUCUGCGGCCGGAAGUUCGCUCGGAGCGACGAGAGAAAGAGACACACUAAGAUCCACCUGCGGCAGAAGGAGAGGAAGUCCUCCGCGGUGUCCUCCUCCUCCUCCUCCUCCUCAUCCUCCGCGCUGGAGCGCUCCUCGGGCGUCAUCAGCGCCACCAGCGGGAUCUGUUCCUAGGUCUCCACACUAACCCCGAAGAGAUGGACAAACGAGACGGUUUACAGACUGGAUGGAAAUGAACAACUUUGUGCGCUUUUACGCACGUAGGCGCUCAGAUCUCACAAAGACUGAAAAGAAUGCACUUUGUCUGCACAGUCUACUGAACAUAAGAGUCAUUUAUAUAAAUAUAUUCAGCCAUUCAUUCGUGGACUGUUGUGUUUUGAAGGGAUUUUUCACUUACACUGAAUGCGCUCGCGCCCGUGUACAUAGAAAAUACUGCAAUAACUUUUGACGCACCGUGUUUAAGUUAUUAGACUGAGUGUCAGCGGGUUUGUUGUGCUCGGCCGCGUGUCCGCUCCAGUGCCUUGUUGUUUGUUUGUUUGUUUGUUUGUCCACACUGACGCUCCUAAUGCAAUGUAAAUACUGAACAGUUGAAAGCUUUCUAUUUUUCUACAUCGGUUCGUCCUUUAAUUGACUGUGAUUUUACUGAACAAGAGUGUACAUAUGUGGAACUUUGACAUGCGUGCUGUGAUGUGUCCUUUAAGACUUAUUAUUAAAUCUGAUGACAAACCU